UUUCCCUUCACCAGUACUUCAAGGCACAGAGGAGCUGGUAAAGGCAUUGCCAUGAAACCUAACUUGAAGCAAUGGAAACAACUCAUGCUGUUUGGGAUCUUUGCAUGGGGGCUGCUUUUUUUGGUGAUCUUCAUCUAUUUUACAGAUAGCAACACUGCUGAGCCAGUUCCCAGUUCCUUUUCUUACAUUGAAACUAAGAGGCUUCUGCCCAUCCAGGGCAAGCAGAGAGUCAUAAUGGGAGCCAUACACGAUCCAUCAUUCUCUGAAACUAUUGAUGAGAAUGAGGUGGUACUUAAUGAAGAUCUUUUAGGUACAUUUAAAUCGGGGACUGGAAGUAUUAAAAAAUGGACUGAUUUAGAGGAUGCCUUCAGAAGCGAAGAUGAUUUUUUUCCAUCCCAGAUAGGAAGAAAAUCCAAAGGUGCUUUCUACCACACGAGUAAUGAUUAUUUAUUUGCUGCUGGUCAGCCUCAGUCACACAACAGCCUUCAAGAAAUAGCAAAAUUCAUCUCUGCCAAUGAGGGUAAUCCAAAGGAAAAUGUUUUACAGAAUAACUGGAGCCACCAGAGAAGAAUGAGGAGAAGGAACACAAGGCACAGGAGAAGCCAGAUGCUUGACGAAUCUGACGACUGGGAUGGGCUAUAUUCCACGAUGUCGAAAUCUUUUCUCUACAAGCUUUGGAAAGGGGAUGUCUCUUCCAAGAUGCUAAACCCUCGUCUGCAGAAGGCCAUGAAAGAUUAUUUGAGCACCAAUAAGCAUGGGGUGCGUUUCAAAGGGAAACGAAACUCCAAACUGACAGGAGACCAGCUUUUCUGUGAGCUGAAAGAAAGGGUGAAUGUGAAAACAAUAGAUGGCAAGGAAGCUCCCUUCUCCACUCUUGGUUGGGAAAAGCACGUUCCCCAAAUUCCACUGGGCAAAUUGUAUACACAUGGCUUUGGGAGCUGUGCCGUAGUUAUGUCUGCCGGUGCCAUACUGAACUCCUCUCUAGGGGAUGAAAUAGGUGGGUGA